GCGCUUUUGAACUUCUCUCGGUUUCGCUCAACCCUGACUUCCGCGUGGCUGUGUCGGCCUCCCUGCCCCCUUCCGUAGUCUAGUUGGGGCACUGUGCUCAGAUUUGGAGGACCUGGGAGGGUCGAGGGUUUCCGAGGCUCGGAGCCUUCCGUAGGGGCUCUGCGGUACUUGGACUGGUGCCCGGUGACCUUAGACAGGCAGGGGCCUACCUUGAGCCUGCUGGAGCCUCCACCCUGAGGGGCCCAGUCUGGGCUCGGAGGGCAGAGACUCAGCUGCUGGGGUCCAAGUCCCGGCCCUGCCCCGUCCUUUAUCAGAAAAUUUGUUCGCCUGGCUGGGCCCUUCCUGAACUGUUUCCUGGCCUUGGGGCUUUAAAAUCAGACCUCCUGAAUUCACUGUCAUGGUCCAGAGAAAGGCCACCAGGGAUGCGGUACAUCAGCACUCGGGGAAUGGCCCCCCGGGUCGACUUUGAGGGAGCCCUCUUCUCUGGCUAUGCUCCUGAUGGGGGUCUCUUCAUGCCCGAGGAGCUCCCCCAGCUGAGCAUAGAGACCCUGCGUCAGUGGAGUACGCUGUCCUACCCCGGCCUGGUAAAGGAGCUGUGCACCCUCUUCAUCGGCCCUGAGCUCAUUCCAAGAGAUGUCUUAAAUGGUCUGAUCGACCAAGCCUUCAGCAGAUUCCGCCACAGAGAAGUGGUCCAUCUGUCCAGGUUGAGGAAUGGGCUGAACGUGUUGGAGCUGUGGCAUGGCGUCACAUAUGCAUUUAAGGACCUGUCCCUGUGCUGUACAGCACAGUUCCUGCAAUACUUCCUGGAGAAGAAGGAGAAGCACGUCACUGUGGUCGUAGGAACGUCUGGGGACACAGGGAGUGCUGCCAUUGAGAGUGUUCAAGGGGCAAAGAACAUGGACAUCAUCGUUCUGCUGCCCAAGGGCCACUGCACGAAGAUUCAAGAGCUCCAGAUGACAACAGUGUUGAGGGAGAACGUCCAUGUGUUUGGAGUGGAGGGCAACAGCGAUGAGCUCGAUGAGCCGAUCAAAGCUGUGUUUGCUGACGUGGCUUUUGUCAAGAAGCACAACCUGAUGAGCCUGAAUUCGAUCAACUGGUCCCGGGUCCUCGUGCAAAUGGCCCACCACUUCUUCGCUUAUUUCCAGUGCGCGCCCUCCUUAGACAUGGACCCCCUGCCCCGCGUGGAGGUGGUUGUACCGACAGGGGCUGCAGGUAACCUUGCAGCGGGGUGCCUUGCUCAGAAGAUGGGCCUGCCUGUCCGCCUUGUCGUGGCAGUGAACCGCAAUGACAUCAUCCACAGGACUGUCCAGCAGGGCGACUUCUCUCUUUCUGAGGCCGUUGAACAGACCUUGGCAUCAGCAAUGGACAUUCAGGUGCCCUACAACAUGGAGAGAAUCUUCUGGCUGCUCUCUGGCUCCAACAGUCAGGUGACAAGAGCCCUCAUGGAGCAGUUUGAAAGGACCCACAGCGUGAGCCUACCCAAGGAACUGCAUAGCAAGCUUUCAGGGGCAGUGACGUCUGAGUCAGUGUCGGAUGAGGCCAUCACCCAGACCAUGGCUCGCUGUUGGGAAGAGAACAAGUACUUGCUGUGCCCUCACUCGGCCGUGGCCGUGAGUUACCAUUACCAACAGACAGAGCAGCAGCCGCCCAGCCUUCCCCGGUGUUGUCUGGCCCCUGCCUCUGCAGCCAAGUUCCCAGAAGCUGUCCUGGCUGCCGGGCUGACCCCAGAGACCCCUGCAGAGAUCCUAGCCCUGGAGAGCAAGGGGACACGCUGCACCCCGAUGCGGAAGGGUGACGACUGGACGCUGAUGCUUCGGAACACCAUUGAGGACAUAAGCUGCCAGCAGAGGGGUCACUUCCUGAAUGCUCUGGAGUAGCCAGGCUGGAUUUGACUUCCUUCAGGCUCCAGACCUCAGGGAGGCAUGCCCUCUAAACUGCUUUGCACACCUUCUCGUUAAGAGGUGGUGUAGUUGGUUCUCAGGAGGUUGCUCAGCAUGGUCUGGGGACCAGCUGGCUUUGCUGUGUUCUGGAGCCACUCUGUGUCCUCACCGUGGUGGUGGUGUGCCUGCUUGCCGGAGAUGCUGGCUGGGGAUGUGUGUGUGUGACGGGGCGUUCCGGAUGGUGCAGGAGCGUCACUGCUGCGGCACGCCCGCUAACCGUGCCAUGGUUCUCAAAGUGUGGCCCUUGGGUCUCCUCAAAAUGCACACUUCCGGCCCCUACCCCCUACCUUCUCAGGCAGAUCUCUGGGUGGGGGGUGGACGUCUGCAGUUCUUAUGAAUUCCCUGAGUAAGUCCUCUGUGCACUCCAAUUUGGGAAGCCCGAGCUGGGGAGUUUAGGUUGAUACGUAAUUUCUUAUUUAUCCAUUUUGAGGUGUACUUUCUUUUCACGAGGGCAUGCUUUAUUGCUUCUACUAUUUUCACGAUCUAGCCCUGCCCUGUCGGACUCAGUAGCCACCAGCCAUAUGGUCUCUGAGCACUUGAAAUGUGACUAGUAUGGCUAACACACUGAAUUUUUCAUUUUUUAAAAUUUUAAUUGAUUUACAUUUAAAUGUCUUGACUUCUUACGUUACUUGAUUCCGUUAUUUAAAAAAUUUUAAGUGUGGUUAGAAAAAUGCAAGUAUGUGAAUCGGCUUUUUCAGCUGUCAAUUUUAUGAAGUCUAAAUACAGGUAAGUAUGUCCAAUGAAAAUUUAGCGUUCUAAUUAAGAAAGACCGUAAGUGCAAAAUAUAUAUUGGAUUUCAAAGACGUCAAACGAAAAAAAUUGGAAGUAUCUCAGGAAUAAUUUUACACUGACCACAUGUUGAAAGGAUAAUAUUUUGACGUAUUGGGUUAAAUAAAAUAGAUCAUCAAAAUUA